AUGGCUAGACCUACCCAGCGCGUCGUUUUUCCUCCCUUCGAAGGCCUCUCUCAGGUCCCUCCUUUACCGAGCAAUAUGCAAUAUGCGCCAGAUUACCUUCCUGAGCCGCACAAUCAAGGAUACAAUCUUCCAGAAAGAACCAACAUUACUCUGCCUACGAUUUCCAUACUCCAAGGCCGGCACGACUUUGACCGCUGGGUCUACUACGCCCAAGCCGCGUUGGAUUGUUGGGACUUGACACAGUUGAUCAAUCCGCAUCUACCUCGUCCCGAUCCGAUGAGCCGUGAAUACAUGAAUUGGCGAAGGUGGGCCUUGUACGUAUCAGGCUGGCUCAGAUUACACAUCUCGCCGGAGGUGGUGGAGAACAUGAUACUCUUUCAUAAGCUGAACAUGUAUCCCGAUGAGCUGAUCUGCACGCUCUCGCAAUUGCUCUUCGCCACUCUGCCCAAUUUAUUGGGCAAUAAAGCGUACGAGACCGUGCUAAGAGGAGACUUCUAUACCAGAUCGGAGUAUUUACAUGCCAUGUGGGGUAGGAGACUCUAUUCGGUUCAACGGAACAUAGAGGUGAAUCUUUUCGGAAUGGUCCUGACCAUACUGAAAGCUUUGGAGAGUGAAAUUCCCAAAACCGUCGCGGCUGAACGAGAUACCCUUCGACAAGGUAUUGUCUUGAUAGUGGAGGAGACUCAGUUCAGUCAAUUGCUUGUGAGGCUUUCAACUGCUGUUGAGUAG